AUGGCGGGCACAGAAGCGUCCAAGAUCGAUCGACCGCCUGAUGUUGCUGCCCAUCCGACCGAGAGAAUCGAGAGCUCAACAAAGAACACACCCGACACAUGCCCUUUCCUCCGCCUGCCCGGCGAGCUGCACAAUAAGAUCUACGCCAUGGUCGACGACUCCAAGCCCCCGGGCACCAGCUUCAGAUACCGGUUGUAG